UGUAGUACAGCCAACAAACUCACCUCCUUCAGCUCCAGGUUCCUCAGCUCCCAAGAAAGCAAGCUGUGCUGGCUAGAUAGCUAUAUAUAGCGAUGACGAAGCCCGCGAGGAAUAAGAUAAAGAUCAGGAAGAUUGACAACUUGCCGGCGAGGCAGGUGACGUUUUCGAAGAGGAGGAGAGGGCUUUUGAAGAAAGCUGGAGAGCUUUCGGUGCUCUGUGAUUGUGAGUAUGCUGUGAUCAUCUUCUCUGCUACUGGAAAGCUCUUCGAGUCCUCCAGCUCCAGCACCAAGGAUGUCAUUGCAAGGUAUAAGGCACACAUUGAAAAUGUGGAGAAGUUGGAGCAGCCAUCUAUUGAGCUCCAGCCUGAUCGCAUCAAGUUGAGCAAGGACCUUGCUGAGAAGAGCCGCGUGCUAAGGCAGAUGAAUGGUGAGGAUCUGGAAGGGCUGAAUAUAGACGAGUUGCAGAAAUUGGAGAAGCAGAUUGAAGGAGGACUUAGCCGUGUACUUCAGACAAAGGAAGAAAAGAUUAUGAGUGAGAUUCUGGCACUUGAAGCAAAGGGAGCCCAGUUGUUGCAAGCGAACAAUCAAUUAAGGCAGAGGAUAGGGAUGCUAUCGGUUGCAAAUGGGAAGAAUGCUGGUGUAAUCGCCCUGGAGUCGGAUAACUCAACGGCCGAAGAAGGUUUGUCAUCGGAGUCUGGCACAAGUGGCAGCAGUUGCUGCGCUAAUGGUUCUUCCCCAGACGAUGACUCUGCUGACGACACUUUAUCUCUCAAGCUUGGGCUUAUUCCUUACCGUGGCUGAUGAGCAGGGAGAUCAGAAAGUGGAAGUAUUUUAAGCAUGGCGUUGUAAUAAAUGACUGUGGUCGAAGUAUUUUAAGAAGCUAUGCAGCAGGGUAUUUGUAUGUAUGUCUUUCUUACAUGAGUGCAUGUAGAAUCGGAAGACAUGGUUAGUAUUGUGUGAGUGACUGGUGCUUGGAUGACAAAAUAUAACCCGAGCCCAUUGUCUGUACAACUAUAUUUACUCUGGUGUAUGUAAAACUGUGUUUUCACGUUGUUUGGUUU